AUGCUGGCGCAGAGACCUUCAUUCCGACACCUGGCCGGCGCCGCGGUAUCCAUCCUAAUCAUCACAUUCCUUGUAUUCGAAGUCCGAUCGGGAAGCUCCGUGGGAUACAUUCUCAAAUCGUCCAGGCCAUCCUUGAAAUGUUCGACCGCCGUGUCUGCAUCGUCGCAUAACGAGAGCUGGCAGUUUGAUGUCACCCGUGAUGGGCUGAACUACGGUCUGUCGGAGGAUCAGUGUCUCACAGCAUUUCCAAUGCUUUUCAAUGAGACAGACAAAUCGGCUUUGUUCAGACAAGAAAAGCCAUUUACUUUCCGAGACCUCGAUUCCAGGAAUGUCGACGAUGGCAUGGUGCGGGGGAUUAUCGAGCAAGGCCAGCUAUACAUAGUCGAUUUCGCACCCCAACCGGCAACAUUCACACGAGCCAAAGCAACCUUGAACUCACUCAACCGUGCCCUCGAAGCCUACCCUGAUCGCCAAUCGCUACCGAAUAUCGAAUUCAUCUUUACUUCGGAAGAUUUUGCCAAUGAUCCAACCGGCCCCGGCCCCAUCUGGGCUUACUCCAAGCGUGAUUCUGACAUCUCGGUCUGGUUGAUGCCGGACUUUGGAUACUGGGCCUGGCCAGAAGUGCAGAUUGGUCCGUAUCACGAAGUCCGUCGCCGUAUCGCUGCGAUCGACGAAGGUGAAAUCACUCCAGACGGCACACAAGUGCCAGCCCUGAACUUUGCGGAUAAGAAGAAGCAGCUGGUCUGGCGUGGCAGCCUCGUGACUAACCCCGCUGUGCGAAGCAAGCUGCUCAAGUCUGCGGCCGGGCACAGUUGGGCGAGUGUGCGUGUAAUUGACUGGGACAACGAAAACGACAUCAGAUACAACCUGCUUCCGAUGGAGGACCAUUGUCGCUACAUGUUUUUGGGACAUACGGAAGGCCGUAGCUUCUCCGGCAGAGGAAAAUAUCUGCUCAAUUGCCGGUCGGUGGUCUUUUCGCAUCCCCUUGAAUGGCGUGAGGCGCAUCAUGCGGCACUUGUCGCCCAUGGACCGGAGGCGAACUAUGUCCAGGUUGCUGAGGAUUUUAAGGAUUUGCCUGAGAAGAUCGACUUCCUGAUCGACAACCCGGCUGUGGCUGAGCAUAUUGCUAACAAUGCUGUGCGCACUUUCCGAGAUCGCUACUUGACGCCAGCGGCAGAGGCUUGUUACUGGCGUCAUUUGAUUACACGCUAUGCCUCCGCUUGUGACUUUGAGCCCGUGUUGUUCACAGAGGAUCGCGACGGAAGGAAGUCGCCUCGUGGCAUUCCUUUUGAAACGUGGCAGCUCAAGCAUUGA